AUGGAUCCUCUUCGUGGGAAGUAUACUUAUUUCCAGAAACUACUACACCGGUUCAAGGCUCGUCGUGAUAUCCCGUUUCGCCGUAGCUUUUUUGUGGGCUAUGAUCUUCACGGGAAUACUUACUGGGAAUUCACCGUUGAUGGUAAUAUGCAAAGGUUAAGAAGGAAAUUAGAACCAUAUGAGCCAAAGUUAUUUAAAGCAGAUUACUUCUCCACAAUCCCGCCGCAAUGGUUAUCUUGGUUGAGAAGAACCAGAAGAGAACCCCCUACGUUACAGGAAUUGGUUAACGAUCAAAUGAGACAAGAAAGAAUAAAAAUUUUGGCUCAACAUGCAGAUGAAAAAUGGAGAAAUGAAAAAUUAAGACUUGAAAAUGAACAAGCAUUGAAAUUAAAAGGCGAAUUGAAAAGAAGUCAAAAGGAAUCGGAAGAAUUCGAAAAACAACAACAGGAAGCCAUUAAUAGAGAGAAAUCUCAAGAUGAUCCGUGGGCCAAGGCCGAUUCAAAUAAGGACUCGGAUCCAAUUGAACCUGCAAACUUAAAACCUAAAAAUAAUGAUCCUUGGGCUGAAACUGAUGCAAAGUCUAAAUCCAAAGACUCGCCAAUCGAAACUACAAAUAUUAAACCCAGAAAGUAAAACUACUUUCAAAUAUUUUAUUUCCUCUUGUAUAUAUGCUAAAUACCACUUAUUUAUUUAAUGAAAGCCGUC